GAAUUGCGUGAAGAUGGCGAAGCCUGCUGUGGAUGCUUUGAAGCAUGGUACCCUGGCUACUGGCCUUCAGGCAGUCCAUGAUGCCGCUCACCAGAUCUUGCAAGAAGAGUUGCCCAUGCAGAUUGUCGUUGAGGACGAUCCAGCGCAACAGCAGGCCGCUCCAGAUGCAGCGCAGUCGGCAGAGGAUGACCCCAUGGCAGUCUUGGAUGAGGAGUCCCGCGAGGCCAUGGCGAGGUGGCAAGCUGCUGCGGCCUCGAGAAUCCGAAGCUGCGUGGAGCUCAUGGUGCGGCCCCCCAAGAUAUCCCAAGAUGACAUGAUCGUGAUGCUCCAGCAGUCCUCUGCCUUCAUGCAGAAGCCUCCUGAGCACCAUUUCAACUUGGUGGUCUACGAUGGCAAAACUGAAGGGGAGUCCAAAACACAGCCGGCCAUCCGCAUGCCCGCCAACCGGCAGACCUACAUGGCCGCAUCGGUCGGUGCCGCCCUGAGAGCUGGUUGCACGGAGUACUUGGCCUCUGGCGUGCCGGAUGAGGAUGUUCUGGAGAUUGAUCCCGACAGAAUCUUCCUCUUCUUCGAUGCCUUCAAGCGCGAUAACCAUAGCGUUUUCGAGAAGAUCUUCAACCUGCCGGAUCGCAAGCUGCAGAGACAUCGCCGGCUGUUGUACAUAUCGUAUGAAGAGUCUACCUUCCUCCGACGGACCCGCGCCAGGGUGAGCAAUUGGGUCGACAUGGACAUUGUGGAGCAGGCGGUCAUCAUCAGCCGCGACGCUUUGAAGUUGCAGCCUCGCCAGCGAUUGAAGUACGAGAACAGCUCAAACCGUUUCAAUCACAUUGGGCCUGUGACAUUGGAGGCAAGGGACCCUGCGAAAGAUUGGAAUCUCACCUUGGCUGAGAAGAAGGAGCUGCUCGGGGACACUUUGCGAGAACAGGGAGGGAAGUCUGCCAUGCAGGUGGACACAGAGGUGGUGCCCCAGAAACGUGCUGCCACGGACUUGGAGCCCGUGAGCUGGCACAGCAAUUCCGUGGACUUUUGGAAAGAGAUGCUACAUGGAUACCUUGCCUCUUCGGUCCUGGACCUGACUCCUCAGAACGACAACCUCGCAGUGGCCGCCAUCCAGCUCAAUGUCAAGUACAUUGCUAUCUGCAACACUCCUGCCCAUGUUGAGAUGUUGCAGAAGAGGCUCCAGGAUCGCAUCUUCGAGCUCCAACGUGAUCCUACCUGCGAGAACUUGUACAAUGCGGUGGCUGUCUCGGAGCUUGACUUCCUUGCGCAGGGAGAUGAGGCGGUCCCAGCCACAAAGGGAAAGGGUGGGAAGGGCAAGGGCAAGAGGGGCAGCAAGUCAAAGGGAAAAGCAAAAACAGAUGAUGGACAGCCCUCCGAGGGAGGUGGCCAGGGCGCUGCAGGAGCUGGAGCCAAGGGGGGCAGAGCAGGCAAAAGUGCAGGAGGCGCGGGCGCCUCGGGCGCAGGCGCCACGGGUGGCAAGGGCACCACGGGUGGCAAGGACGCCACAGGUGGCACGGAUGGGAAGGGUGGGAAGGGUCGCAAGGGUGGCAAGACGGCGUCAUCAUCAGCAGACUUGGCAGCGCUGCUGAAGCAGAUCACUAGUGGUCAGGAUGCUGGUGAAGAGUGCGAGGAAGACUGA